CAUAAACUGACAGAAGAAGCGCGCGAAUUCGCCCACGGGCCUUGCGAACAUGGGAACUGGAGCCAGUGUCGGCAAUGUCAUGGGGGCCUUCAGGAUGGCCUCGAUGAGCAAAGCCGUCUCAUCCUUUAGCCGAUGGAACAAUGCGCGGAAUGAACAGCCAGACUCCGAGCUGAUCAAGGCACAGGUGGAGGCACCCUUGACGAUCAUCGAUCUCACUGGCAUCGAGAACCCUGGGUACAUUGCCGACGUGUACAUCUUUGCGGAUGGCUUGAUCGGACGAUCUGUGUGUUCGAUGACCCGACAAUCAACUCACAAGCAGCUGGGGGUCUCCAGAGCGAUCAAGCAGUAUAUCUUGGGGAUGCCUUCGGUAGACAUUGAAGCACUCAAAAGAGAGGUGAUGCUGCUCAAGGAUGUUCGCGCUCACCCGAACAUCGUCAGGAUGCAUGAGACCUUCAAGGACAAGCUGCAUUUCUAUGUGGUGUUCGAGCUGUGCGAGGGUCUGCGGGUCUUUGACUACAUCAUGGAUGCCGAGACACACACAGAGCAGGAAACAGCCAACGUGGUCCAGCAGGUGGUGGCGGGAGUCGACUACAUGCACAGCCGGCUCAUCUGCCACCGUGACAUCAAGCCGGAGCAUGUGCUCUUGAAGGAGAAGGGGAGCUUGACGAAUUGUCAAGCCAAGAUCAUUGACUUCAAGACCGCGAGCGAGUUUGUGGCUCCUGGCUAUGUGUUCACAGAGCGGGCUGGUACACCCUAUUACUGCUCUCCCCAGGUGUAUCAAGGCAGAUACACGGAGUCGUGUGAUCUUUGGACUUGCGGAGUUCUGGCCUACCUCAUGCUGAUUGGCUAUCCAGAAGCCGACCAGAGGCAGUUGGAGUCCAAAGGCCCCACACGAGGGAAGGAUGUGCUGGAACUCCUACCUUACCGCCUGGAAUUCAGCCCCUCAGAUUGGGCGGAUUUGUCGCCCGGGGUGAACCAGUUCUUGUCGCGUCUGCUGGCGGACCGCGAGACAGACCGCUGGCCUGCCAAGGCGGCGGCGAAGAGCGAGUGGCUCAUGCGCCAGGCUCCGCAGCCGCUGGGCACUCGAGUGCAAGUGGCAGGCGAUGCGAUCGGGCUGGAGAAGCUGAGAACCUCUCAAUUCGCAGAGGUGCUGAGCCAGCGAUAUUUAGGAAAUGGUUCAGGGUGUCAAGUUCUGGGCGUCGGAAGAAGGAUGAGCACAAGGAGGAGCUCUUUCCCUCAAAGGUGCAAGAGACGAAGCACUUCAAGGUCUGAGACGGAAGCGCGAGCUCAGAGCUCGGUGCUCGGUGCUCGAGCGGUGGUCGCUCCCGUCUUCGUGCGGCGCAUGGGAGCUUUUUGGAUUUCAAGCAACCAGUGGUGAUGGUCCAAGGUGGUCCGUGUUGGUUGUCUGG